UGUGGUACACAGACUGUCCUUGCUGGGUAUAUCAAGCUGUAGAACUACCAGCUCUAUUUCCAGCACCAUGUCAGCCUGCAUGCUGCCAUGCUCCCUGUCAUGACAACAAUGGACUAAACCUCUGAAACUCAACGUGAGUGGGAGUACCUGGAGCGCGAGCUCAGAAUGAGAAUCCACGAGUUGUAAGAAAAUGGCAGACAAGACGGACAUGGGGGAAAUCGCCAGCUUCAAUAAGGCCAAGCUGAAGAAAACCGAGACGCAGAAGAACACCCUGUCGAUCAAAGAGACCAUUGAACAGGAAAAGAGGAGUGAAAUCUCCUAAAAGCCUAGGAAGACUUCCCCCACCCCACCCCUUCAUCUCCAAGACCCUCUCGUGAUGUGGAGGAAGAGCCACCGGCAAGAAGGACGCGAGCCACAAGCUGCACUGUGAACCCGGGCACUCCACGCCGAUGCCACCGGCCCGUGGGUCUCUGAAGGAGACCCCCCCCCCCCUCAACUAAUCGGACUGCCAAAUUUCACCGGUUUGCCCUGGGAUAUUAUAGAAAAUUAUUUGUAUG